CUCCAAUCCGUAGUUUGAAUUGUGUUCUCGGAUGACUGAACUUCAAGCUGCCGUGGAAAGUUUGCAACAAGGGCCUUGACGCAUGCGUGGGAAAAUAUUUAUAUCGCGCUUUGGGCGACUUGUCGAUCAAACGAUAUUUACUCAAGUGAGAUCAAAUUUCAGCAAGUUUGAGAUUACAUUUCAGAGGAAAUGGCCUUCAGUGUGGGUCAGAAAUGUGGACAUCUCGUAGCCAUUGCCUUCGUUCUGCUGUAUGUAACUUCGACAGCUGUGUCGUGUCCACAAGGCUGUGAAUGCUUUCACGACAGAGAUGGUUAUAACGCGGAGUGUUAUGGUCAAAGCAGCUUGACGAGUAUUCCGGCCGGUCUACCUGCUGAUACAGCCAUACUGUGAGUUAGUUUACUAUUUGGUUUAUUUGUUCUUCGGGGUUUUGAAAACCGUCUUGUUAUCAGCUCAUAAAAUUUUGGCACCUAUCACUGAGGGUUUGUUAUUUCUCAACAUUAUGGCGAGGAGCGAAGAUAGCGAGAGUUUGUCAAAUCCCGCAAAGCUAUAAAUACAAUUACCAACCAAAGCUUAGUCAAUUUCGAAGCUCUUCACAGCGCUGACUUGUCAAAAGAGAUAAAAGUGACAUUUACGUUUCGGUUUAAGACUAGGGCAGUGAAUAUGUCUUAACAGUUGAAAGUGAAAAUUUUGUCAACUGACUAAGGAGACGUUCUUUGCGUUCAAGCUGUGUUCAAAUAAUUUUCUUAACACUUGUCGGGCAUACUUACAUGUGACUUGCAAUGGACUGAAAAGAAUUCCGAAAGUAAGCAAAGCAUAUUCAGUAUUCAUUUCUCUUGGUAAACAUAUACCCGUCUUGACAGAUUAUUAAUCUUUUGUCAGAAACCGAUUUUUCCCAGUUUUUCGCGAGAGGUAAUUAAAAUUAACAAGGGCGACAUUCAUCACUAUACCGGUUGCUUACGAGAUGCUCAGAGAGACUUGAAAGCCGAAAGUAUGAUGAAUGAGAUCGAUGCCUUAAAAAAAUUUGAAGUUAUCUUAGUUUCCGCUUCUUUUUAUAUGCUUAAUAUUUGUUGAAUGUUGUGAAACGCCAACAAAGUACAAAAUACUAAACACGUUUUUUUGAAAUUCAUGAAUGUAAUAGUUAAGAUUUUUAAGGAGUCAAGAGUACGUAUUGGUCUUCUAUUGAAUUUUAACCAUAUAAAGCUGUUUAAAAAAGAACCUCCAUAAUAAACGUGGAGUUUUUAAGACACUAACUAUAUUUUUUUCAACUUUUUAGGACGCUGUACAACACAGGACUCUCGAAUAUUCCCCAAAAUGCCUUCCAGGGAUUGUCUAAUCUGAAAGAAAUGUGAGUAAUCUGAAUGUAAAUUUUCUUGUAUUGUUGUGCAACACCUUUUGCUUGAUUACCUGUGCAUAUUAUUACGGAAACCACUUAUUUGAACGAGAACAAAACAGCUUCCUCGGCCAAGAGAAAUGAAACACACAACCGUACAAAGUUUUUACAAAACCAAGGAAAAUAUAAUUGUAUUACGCCGGAAAUCGGCAUUUUGGGAUGGAUAAUCCGCAAAGCCAGCAGCAGAUAUAUAACGGACGGCAUUUAUUGCAUUUUUUGUUAACAUCCUAGGGCUAGAAUAAUGGGCACAUUUUAUGUUAUUUUCGACCUAUUCUGCCAAUGUUAUCUUUCAUUAUAGUGAAUAGACGAAGCAAAGAGUCCAAAUGAAUUGUUGUUUCCGGUUUUGUAUAGAUUUUCUUCCGUAAAAUGACGCUUGAAGCAUUGAAGCUCAGUUUUAUCCGCUUGAAGUCACUAGUUAUUCCAGUAAAAACGAGGCCCUUAACUUAACUUAAAAAGGCUUUUAAAGAGUCUCAGCGCACAGACCUGGAAAUCUUUAUUUGAGGUAAAAGGCAGUAUAUCGCGUGAAUCUUCCAAGUACUUUUUACAUUUAAUUUCUGCUUAUCUGUUUUCUGAGGUCUGUGGGAUGUUAACAGGGAAGCCAAUACAAGUGGAAUGAAAUUGCUUCUUGGCAGACGGCCGUAUUAAUAAAAUUCAAAACAAAUCUCACUUUUACUUGGUGCAGUCCACCAAAUGCGAUCGAUCUACAAAAAAACUCUAGCCAAGACUUUAAUAACAGUGAAACGCCUUACAUCGAAGAAACGAGGAGACAACUUUUGCCUUCGCAAUUCAGUUUAUACUGUACCAUUAAGUUAACCGUCUUUAUCAUGUUUGACCAACUUUAUAAGUCAACAAAGACUGUUACGUCUAUCUCUAAAAUCCAAUCUUCCAGCUGAUAACUAGUUUAGUGAAAACACUUCGUUUGUUUGACAUAUAGCCAAAGCUGUGUACCAUCAUGUUAUUGUAUUUUCCUCCUUGUGGAAUGCCAUUAAAACUAAAACCGUAAACAAAUGGUAAGUGCACCCGUAGCUUGACUAGCUUUUAGCACUUCAUUCAGCGCAAUUUUCGGACAAUCUGUCGGCGUUUAUGAAGUUUCGCGAACAUUUAUUUGCUCUCUGCGCUUCUUAAUGAAAAAUAUGCCAUAAGGAUUAGAACUCCAUUAAGCCGGCAUGCCUUAAGGCUGGGACGCAGUCAGUUGAAUACUUGGAAGAGAGUGAAAGUUAGACAAUAUUUGUAAAGCGAAAUAAACUGUCAGAUUUCUUCCAUGAAAACCUAUAUCGGUGAAAAUGUGUGUAAACAUGGGAUAAAAGCGCCUCAUGUCAGGUAAAACAUCUUUAUUAUGCCAAGAAAAAAGGUUGCUUGGACAGGUCAAACUUGAACAAUAAACUAUUAAACUCAGGAAUGUACACGCUAAAAAGUGAAGCGAUAUUAAAACAGAGGCUUCAGGGGGGUUCGAUUUUAGAAUUCUUUGAGCACUUCAUAUCUCUUUUCAGAGUCGUACACAUCUAUGUUUAUCAGUACAUUCUAGCAAGACGAGCUCUUAAUCAAGCGAGCAAAUAUCUUUACCAUAUAUACGCAUUUACCACUUAAGGACGGAAAUUGGCUGUCUUGUAGAUAUGCAAAUGAAGAAGUUUGGUUUAGGAACCCUUCCACAAGAAUGUCAGCCAACAGAUUAUGGUCAUUACUGUCUUUUAUAUUGGUCUAUCUACAAAUCGAAUGUAAAAAAUUAACACGACAAUUACCCAGUACUAUUGCAUAUAACUCUCCCCAAUAUCGAGAUCAAUCUUUAUCAAUCUUUUAUUUUGCUCUGUAUUAUAUGUUACAACGAAAAUUGAAACCAUUUCCAGUAUUCUAGAAAGAUAGAAUUCUCAUUGAUGCAUAUGUGAUUAAACGAUACAUUCGAUAUUGAUUGGUGUGUUUUAAUUUCAGUUUAAAACUUAAUCGCAAAGGAUAUUAGACCUUGUAGAAAACAAAUUUUAAAAAACUGUAAAGACAUUUCCAGAAUCUCUUGUCUCUCUUCCUUUAAUAUUUGUCCCAGUUUGUCCAAUUUUGUACAUACUUAAAGAAAACAUUUUUAAUGAACUUUAUCUGAACUCUAAAAAUACGAUGUUUCCUGACAACUAAAAUGCAACAUUUGACAAAGUCGUUGCCAUCUAGUGGAUUGAAAAUAAAACAUAUUAAUUUCCCACUCCAUCUUAAUCAGAGAAAACGCUAUUCGAAAGACUUUUUUUUGAAAGGCUCCUUCUCAAAACGCUUUGGUUUGGAGGCAAGCCGAAAUCUUUGUACUGAAGUUCCUUGGACUGGUGGUCAUCGAGAUCUGCUACAAUAAAAAGCAGUUUUGAAUACUUUACCGAAAGCUGGGAACGUUAGAUGACCACACAACUCGCGAUGAGCGUUUUCACAAUGUCUGAUGACUAUGUAGAGAACAAAACAUGUAAUUAAGAUGUGUGGAAUUUUUGGGAUAUCAAACUUUGCUUGUAUUGAAAAUGCGAGGUCUGCCUAAUGCAUUUACUUAAGUUUCUAACUGUAACGAACACACAGUUUUCAAUAAAGAUUUUGAAAACUUCAUGUCAACCUGUAUGACUAUUAUAAAUACGAUAACGUAAUUUUGCUCGACAAUUAGAGAAAAUGAACGAAAGAAGAGUUUCGGCUGAACUGAGAAAGGUUUUUUUGUGUGAGAAUUUCAACAAAUUCAACUGAUACAAAUGUACAGAGCUUUGCGCUUCAUUAGAAAUUUUGUUGUGUUUCGCAUAUGGUGUCUGAAGAUGUGAAUUAAGGUUUGAAGUUUUCUUACAUCAAAACAAUCAGUAAACCUCUUCUUCAAACCUUUUUACGUGCAAGAGGAUCCGAAUCUAUAUUCGCUUCAGUCAUGUCCAUCCUAAACGUUCAUUAACUCUGGAGCCAAUAGACUAUUAAAAAAACAUCGAAAAUUUUGAAAGCUUUUUGAAAACUUUUUAAAAUAAUCCAGUUUGAGGUUAUGUUCAUGAUGACACCGUAAUAGGCACAGUUGGUUGGUGCGCGACCUUCUGUGCGGGAAGUCCCGAGUCCUAUUAAUCCCCAGGGUGGUGACCUCGAAUCCUUGUUUCGUCUGCAGUGCUUCUUUCCUUUCCAUGUAACUUUAAGUAGGUUAAGAUACUCGUAAAACGGUGCACUGGUGGAGAGCGCAACGUUCAAGCCAUAGGUUUGUCAGUCAAAUGACUGACUGUUCUGUUACGAGUUUAAUACCAACUUAGAACCUGUGACAGGCUCCAUCUGUUUUGCGUUUAAAAGUUACGCGUAGGAGACGGUUGUUUUCUUCGAAUAGAUCCGUUAAUUUACUAGCGUUAUAGUGCUAAAUAUGUUUUGUGGAUUGUAUACAGAAUGAAACCCGAGGGAAACUUUUUCGAGAGCCACCUUCGGCCGUUGAGCUGAAAGGGAUGUUUGCAGGGUUAACCGUGAUGCCGUGUUUUAAAUUUCUAUUUACAGAAACAUACGAUCAAAUCCUUUAACAAGCAUAGCUGGGAAUGCGUUCCAGGGCGUCACAAAACUCAACAAACUGUAAGUAGUUGUAUUCAUGUCUAACUUCAGUUUCUCAUGCACCAAAGUUUUAAUUUGUUAAACGUCUUAAACCUAUAACCACAUUCUUUUGUAGAAUUUUGUCUCUGAACAAUUUAAGUCAAGUUACUGCAGACUCUUUCAAAGGACUAACAGCAGUUACAAAAAUGUAAGUAAUCUUCGAUUCCCUGUCCAUAACAGUAAAGUUUUUGCCUUAGUGGUGACAUCUAUUUUACUUUUGUGUUAACACAAGUGACUCACGAUCAAUCAAAAGGGAAGUUUGUCUUUUGUGUACAGCUUUUAGGGUCAAGCAUGCAUAUAUGCCUUUUGUUUCACCGACCAAGUUAGCUUUAAUGCAACGCUUUUGCAUUUUACUUUCUUUCAACGCUGGGCCACAUUGAAGUCAACAUUUUUUAUCCUUAAUUUUUACACACUAAAAAUAAAGCUUCUUUUUGUAGCGUUUGUGUGGGCCACCCGCUUAGGCUGACCAUGGGCGAACACCAAUUUGAGAAAUUGCACUGAUGUCUGUUUAUUAAAAGAAAAAUCGCGCCUAACUUCUUUGUGCGAAAUAGGUUAAAUCCGUGCUGCCGGGAGGGUUCACGUUAUCGGACUAAAAAUUCUGGUCAUGGCCUUUUAGUUAUAGCUUUUUUGAAAUCAGUAUAAUCUAUCUUAACCUUAACAGUGAAAUGACUAAAAAUGGUGAUCACACCUUUGGUACAGCGCGAUGCGCCGUUACUAAACGUUCAUAGCCAAUUUAAGGUAUUUUUUUUUCUGUUUGAUUUAGGUAUUUAGAGUACAACGAUUUUGCCAUGUUUCCAGAUGGAUUGUUUGAAGACACUUUUUCUCUUCAAUAUCUGUAAGUCCAACUACGAAGACCUAACAACCGCGAUAAAAAAUAUGUUAAAGAGAACAUCGAGGAAAAUUGUCAAAAAGAAAUUAGAAAUUUUACGUAUCAUUGUAUCUAUACCACUUCUUUACACUCCGAUUCAAGAGUGGAGGUAUAAAAUUUGUGACAAUGAAAUAAAGGCUACAAAGCAAUGCCCUUAGUUGCUUCAUGUUAUUUACAAGAAGGUUUCUUAAUCAUCGUUUUUCUUCCUAUUUGUAGGAAAAUUGGUAACAACAAGCUUACUGCAAUAUCUGCCAACCUCUUCAACAAACUUAGCAAUUUGGUGCUAUUGUAAGUAGUCCUGUAUUGGAGUGGAAAAUCAUUAAAUCAGUAAUUUAAUUUUUUUAUUUUUGUCGACUGCUAGAUAAUGAUUUAUUCGCUUAAUAAGUAUGGCUAAGUAGAAGAUGAACAUAACGAACGCUUUUUACUAACAAAUCGAAUUAUGUCUUCAUUUAGGUCUUUAUCGAACAACAAGAUAUCAAGCGUCAGCCCAGAGUCUUUCUCUUCUAUGAAGUCAAAUCUUACACACUUGUAAGUAUCAGGUCAAUUCUGUUUUUUGCAUUUUUUUUUUACUCAAAUUAGAGUACCACGAGUUGAAUUUUCCCUUGGAACUGUUUUUAUUUUUCAGGAAUCUAGACAACAAUCAUUUAAACAAAUUUCCAGUAGAAUCGCUUGAGAAUUUAACCGCCUUGUCUGAGCUGUAAGUAAAGUUUUAAAGCUGGGGCUUUUCUUGUAUCAUUUUAUCCCUCAAUAAAGACGAUUCUAGUUGUCUAGUUGUUUAUUUCUUAAAAAGAGUAUCAUUUGCCAGCAUUAAAUAAAUCACUGCUUAAUCCACAAGUUAUGGUCGCGAGAAUAAGGAAAAUAUAAUCACCGCAGUCAACAGUGUCUCAUUCUAAAUUUCUGAAUUUUAAUCUAAGAGCCAUCGCUAUUAAAAAUCAGUUUCAGUUCUGGACAGUGCUUCAGGCACCUGGAGCAAAUUUAACAAAUUUGCCGACAAAGUUUUAAAGUAGUUUAUGUAGCACUAACUCUUUGUGUCAUUCGUCAUGGCAUCUUAAGCUUUCCGAUUGUAUCGAAGUCUUCGCACUUAGGGGGAAAGGAUUUUAAAAUAACUUUGUGAUCAGUCUGUAUUUCUGUGUACCUAACUCCUCUUACACGUGAGAGUUCUAGGGCGCCCCUAAUGAGCGGAAACGAUAAAAAAGCCCAUAUUCUAAUGCCAGAAUUUUGUAUAGACUUAUAAAGAUUGUUGAAGUAAUUUUGUUAAUUCAGGCAGCGUGAAGCCUUAAACGAAAGACAGUGAUCUAUAUAAACGUCAGUUUCUCCAGACGAACUAUAUCACAUUUUUAUUGGGAAAUUGUUGUCGCCAUUUUUCCACAGCCGUUUGGCUUCCAAUGCGUUCUAUACCAUUCCACAAGAAGCCGUAACAAUAUUUGACAAGAUAGCUGCCAAAGUUCGUGGGCAUAUGUGAGUAUUGUAAUUGUUAUGAAAUGAGAAUACGGCAUUUCUUCUUGUAAUCAAAGCUCAUUUAGUAAUCCGUCAAUACAACUGUAUUAAGCGUCAAUAAAAGCACUCUGAAAAAUAAAAUUCAGAAGCACUCUUUUUGAAAUGGAACUCCCUAGAGUUGAUAAGUUGAGAGGUCUUCUAGCCACUUAGGUUCCAAAACUGAAUAGGAAGAAAAAACAAGUCAUUAGAGGCCCAUAGCAUUCGAAUUCACAAAAGUUCCUCUCACUGAAUAGUCCAUUUUCGAGUUCGCUGUGACCGCUGAAUGAAAGAAGUGAAGACGCAUUUUUUACAGCCUUAGCCUCCAUCUGAAGUAAUAUAUUCACAAAUUCCAAUGAGAAAAAGACCUGUUUAUUACUCUGUCUAUUGUGUAUAUUCAAAUUUCAAACACUUACUUGCCAGAAUUUCUGAAUAUUUUACUUUACGUCGAGGCUAACCCUGUAUGAAUGUGUCCUAAAUGUUUGUAUUCAGCGGUAAUUUUUAAUUCGAAACGGGACUAUUCAAACUAACCUUUUUUGUUCCCGUUUUUUUUUUUUUUUUCAGUUGGAUUGCCAACAACCCCUUGGUGUGCACUAAGGAACUUAAAUGGCUCCAAACGUGGAUGAUAAGCCAUCCUACAGUUGUUAAAGAUUUGAACGAAGUCACAUGUCAAACACCUUACGGGAACCGUAGUAAAGUAUUUGAUUUCGACUUCAGUAUUUUGGGUAAGCACUCUUGCACUUAAGGGUUUUCAUUGAUUUGCGUUAAAAUGGAGUAUAGCCAGUGUUUAACAAAGCUACGUUUCUCAGACAAAGCUCGAUUUCCGCCGGUUUCCCGGGCCCAGUCUUGCCGAAUGUUCCACCCACCUAAGGGAAGGAGCGCCCCGAGCAGCGGCUGGUAAACGAGCCCAGUGGCAGGCGUGUCCAUAGUAAAUUCGCGUAUGCUGUGCUUUCGUUUUCCACCGUUUUAGACUAGCAGUCUUCUCUUAACCAAUCAAAAAUGAAAUGCAGGGUGAUUUGGCCCUAAUAAAGUAUGACACAGGGAUAGCCAUCCUUUAAUGCAUCACAGCCAAUCAUGAGAAAUAUCCCUAGUUAAGUUCUGUUUUAUCAUCCAGAGUUGCAAGCUCGAGGCAUGUUCAGCACGGUUACUGAACAUGUGACUUCCUCCGUUAAACAAACGAAAAACAGCACUAACGUCUUUUUAAUGCUGGAAAUUCACAGAUGGCUGGACAAUAGGAAACUUAAAGAGUUCUACGAUGUCAUCAACUGUAACAUCAACUACGCCACCAACUUCCACAGCAGAAACAACACCACCGUCUACAUCAUACACAACAACAGUGCCUACUACGGCAACCACGUCAUCGUCUUCACCACCAAGUACCACAGAUGUACCUACAACAAUUACGUCAGUGCCUACGUCAUCAAGUACAGAAUCUACUACGUCAUCAUCUACAUCACCAAAUACCACAGAAGCAACUACAGUUGCCACAACAGCAUCUACGUCAUCAACUGCAGAAUCCACUACGUCAUCAUCUGCACCAACAACAACCACAGAAACAACUACAGUUGCUACAACAGCAUCUACGUCAUCAGAGUCCGCCACGUCAUCGUCUACAUUAUCAAAUACUACAGAAACUCCGACUACCACGGCGGCGAAAACGGCAUCCAGCACGAUAUUCAUGACAUUCUCUACGCCAUCAGGAUCAGAUACUAGUUCCACAGCCACAGAGAAAAAAUCGGCGACAGCGUCCAAUUCAACGCCUGUUUCAAAAACGCCAAAUACAAACACUAAUGGUCUUUCCAAGAGUUUUAGCCCUGGAUCAGAUAUUGGUACUUCAACAGAAUCAUUUGAAAAAGGUAAAAAGGCAGUUAUUUAAGACUAAAGAAGUUUGUAAUAUCGGGUGCAAAAUAUCAACUCGCGGCCUAUCAUCAGAUAUUGGAACACGGAACAAAGGAAGCUUGAGUGGCUUACAAGUCAAAUCAAACAACAUAUGUCCUACGUAUGAAAAAGGGAAAGAUAGAUUCGGGUGUCAAUCGAGCCAAUCGUGAUAUGUUCUUGUAUUAUUUUAAUUGGCAAGAGCAGAAUUUCUUGUAGGUUUUUUACCAUGAUUUCUUUCUUUCUCUGUUUUUUUUACUGUUCUGAUCAAUACAAAAUGGGAACUGAAAAUAUGAUACAACCCUUUUCACUUACUUUUAACUUACAAUUUAGCAUUUUCCCUUAUUUUUAUUUGUUUAUUUUUCAGAAAGAGCAGAAUCUAACGAAAAGUUCUUCUCUAGAAAUCAAGAAGUCAUUCUCUCUGCUUCGCUUGUUGGCUUUUGUCUAAUUGUUAUCGUGGGUGUUAUGCUUUAUUUGUUCAAAAGAAGGGUACUGUUACGACAAAAAACGUAAGUUAUUUUAGCUGAUAUUCUACUGUAAGGGCCGAUUCAGAAGCCGUACUAUCGAAUUCAAAUUUAGCCAGGUCCAGGGGCGGAUCUAGGGGAAGGGUGCAGGGGGUGCGCACCCCCCCUCCCUUAGAUGACCUGCGGUUUUCUAAUACAACUGGUAUUCUGAAAAAAAAAACUGUGGUUUAUUGGUGUUGAAGUAGAGCAAGAGACGAGUGCACCCCCUCCUCAAAAAAAUCCUGGAUCCGCCCCUGAGGUCGCAGGUACUAGUCAGGCGCCGAUCUUUCAUUCCACACGAAGUAAAUUCAAACUGGAAAAUCGCACAUUUUGGUAAGGUUACCGUACACAGUUAGUAUAGAAAUGUCAUUAGCAACGAUACUGACAACGAGGAAGCCGUACAAGUGCGUUAUGCUGUGAGGUUUACUAAAACGACAGGACAGAAGCGGCGACAGCAGGCAAAGGGAAAAACAUCUGUCCUCGUCUGUCUCUGCUAUUUCAGUCAUGAUUUUCUUUUACAGUUUGAGCAAUCAGGUACAGGUCGGCACUUAAGUAUAAAACCGCUUUUAAUUCCAAAGCUCAUUUGCAAAGCAACUGAGUUUUUUUCAUUGACAAACUUGGCCACGAAAGGUCACCUUCAUCCUCGGAGACCCAGGGGCAAAUAGUGGGGGCGAGGGAAAGUCUAAACGGUUGGAAAAAUAUGGCACGAAGAAAAGUAAAAAGCGGCGAAAAGAGCCCCUGGGGACAAUGUCUUACCAGACCAGUUCCAAACGGUCGCCGCCGUUCUGGCUUCUGAUUGGGCAGAAAAACACAAAAGUUUUCUGGCACCAAUCAGAAGCUAGAACGGCGGUGACCGUUUAGAACUGGUCUGGUAAGACAUUGUUCCCAGGGGCUCUUCUCGCCGUUCUUUACUUUUCUUCAUGCCAUAUUUUUCCAACCGUUUAGACUUUCCCACGCCCCCACUAUCUGCCCCUGGGUCUCCGAGGAUAGGUCACCUUGCACCAACCUAGUUCCAGGGUUCUCUCUCUUCCUCCUUCGAGGGAGGAAGAGAGAAAAUCCUGGGAACGAGGCUGACCUUACACAUACCUCACAUGCUUCCUUUUUCUCCUUUUCUUCUAGACUUAACAUAAGACUGCCAGGAAUGAUGUACGAUCGAGUUCAUAUUGUGUAGCCUUGAAAGGAAAAAUUCGCUCUUCACCACCAAACCAUCCUACAAGGCAUGAAUCAGCCUCGUUUGGAAGUCUGAAUAAUCUCAUCAAGUCGUUUGUCACGUGUUUUGACAUCAGAAACAGAAGAUAAAGAAAAUUAAUAAGUUUACAUGUUGCAAGGACAUUGGAGAUUCAUAGUUAUGCUAUGUUCACGGAGUUCCAUAGUUAUACUAAGAACUUUUUUCCCCAGAACCCUAGUUGAGAAAGUUGAAAUAUUAUUUAUUGUACAGAAACAAACAUCGCAGUAUAAGAUUUGUUUUAGGAGCAUCUCCUUUUGAAGGAGAUGACAAACAUUAA